AUGCGUUAUACCGCCGUCCUUCUCACUUUCUCCUCCGUUGCCCUGGCGGCUCCCAUGGAAUCAGGUGCCACCAUUGCCAUUCGCCAGCAGUCCGGCGGCAUCUUGUCCGGACUCACCAACCUUCUUGGUAACCCCGGCGGUCAGCGUCCCGCCAACGGCACUACCGGUGGAAUCCUGUCCGGGAUCCUUGGUAACUCCGGCACCCAAAACGCACCCAACAACGGUGGUAUCUUGUCCUCAUUCACCAGACUUCUCGGCAACCCCGGCGGCAGUACCACCGGCGGCCAAGCUGCACCCAGCAACGGCAGCGCCGGCGGCGCCCUACCCGGACUCACCAGCAUUCUUGGUAGCCCCGCCGCCGGUCAGCAACCCGCCAGCGGCAGCGGUGCUACCGCCGGCAGCCUCAUGUCCGGUUUCACCAGCCUGUUCAGCAAUCUCGGCAGCCACCUCCCCGGAAGCGGUGACCAAUACCCACCCAACUCUGGCGGCACCGGCGGCGUCAUGGCCGAUUUGCAGGUCCUCCCCGACCACAUGAAGUUUGUCACGAUCCCGACCACCGCGAAUGAGCCGAUCCCAAAGGAGCAAAACAGCCAGCUGCGUGAAGGCCAUCGCAUCGUGCACGUUGCAAUCAACAAGAGCGCCGGGCUUGGUGGCGCCAACAAGAGCACUUAA